AUGGUUACAACACUGGAUUACAUACCUUUUUUGGAUGCUAUCGCUGAAGAGGAUGAUGAUUCGGAAAAUAUUCUUAAAACUGUGAAGCUGAAGAUUGAUCAAGAACUUUCAAAAACAGAUACAGAAAAACUUCAUCCCUUAGUAUCUCGGCAAUUUCCACAGAAAAAAUGGAAGCAUCCCUUGAGAAUACCUUCUGAAAUUGAGGUGCCCAGUAAAUUCAAGCUCUCGCAAAGAUACACAUCGAUAAAAGGCGACUCUAAAUAUUCCCAAGAAGAGAAACUUAAGCUAUUAACAGGCUAUACACUGAUGAGAUCACGAUGCUUAGAUAUAGUGAACAGAAAUCUACCGUUGGUACAGAAUGAGUGGAUAGUGAACAAUGAGAGCUGGACUCAGUUAGAAAAAUCGUUUGAUGAUGAGAUAAAUACGAAAAGGAAGCGUAUGCAAUACACAACAUCUGAGCGAAAGAGACGUUGUCUUGAUUUUAAACCAGUCAACGAUUUCUUACAAAACAGAUGGAACGAGAAAGUGGACGAAUUGAUAAGUGUAGGUGUGCUGCUAUCUGAAAAGGAAUUAGAAGAGGCUGAACUUGGGGACAAGAAUGAUUCACAAGUAUAG